AUGGCCGACCGCGACCGCGACCGUGACCGCCACAUCCAAUCUCAUCCCCACUCCCGCUACGAAACCACCCGCGACCAACUCCUCCCCCACAAGGGCGGCGGUGGCCCCUCCGCCCAACAAAUCUUAGCCAUCGCCGCCCUCCUCCCCGUCGGCGGCUCCCUCCUCGGCCUCGCCGGAAUAAUCCUCGCCGGAACCCUAGUUGGCUUGGCCGUGGCCACCCCACUCUUUGUCAUCUUCAGCCCAAUCCUCAUCCCGGCCGCCAUCUUAAUUGCUGGGUCGGUGGCCGGGUUCUUGACUUCUGGAGCAUUUGGGCUCACGGGACUCUCGUCCUUCUCGUGGCUGCUGAAUUCUUUCCGGAGGGCCACUGGGCAGGAGCCGAUUGAUUAUGCUCGACGGCAGCUGCAGGAGGGAAUUGUUCAAGUUGGGGAGAAGACUAAGCAGGUUGGGGAGAUGGUGGGAGAUAAGACGAGGCAGACGGGUGAGGCUAUCAAGUCUAAGGCUGCUGAGGGCGGUGGGACAAGGGAAGGUGCUGCUGGCAGGACUUGA